CCGCUUAACAUGGCUAAGGCAAAUGUGGAUGCGUGCUCUGCUUUCUACUACACACUACCAUCGGACACCUGCUCUUCAAUUGAGAAGUUCCUCAAGUUAAGCGGCUCCUUGGAGAAGCUCAACCCAGGCAUUCAAUGCUUAAGCCUCGAUGCAUCCCGCUCCCUUUGUAUCGAGCGUAACUCGACAGCUUUGGGCCCCGUCCGCAAGUGCCAUAAGACUGCCAUAAUAACGAAGAUGGAUGACUGCACAAAUGCAGGGAAUGUCCCCGGGAGUGGUAUAACCAUGGUGGACCUGUACCGAAUGAACCCGGGGCUUGUGUGCGAUCCUGCGAAAGGCCUGAAGGGCGAUGCAAGUGGAAGCAUGAAAGUGGAGGUUUGUGUGGAUGCAGAAUAUGACGACUACUCUAUGGGUAAAUGCUCCGGGGGAGGCAAAUUGAAGUACUUUAAAGCUGACACACCGUGCGUUAGCCUUCUUGCCAGAGAAUUCAAGGGGAAGCGAGCAGAUUUCAGAGCUUUGAACAAGAGAGAGUGUGCCACCACUAUCGGGGGGAAGCCUCAAGAGCAUGUGGCUUUAUGCAUACCCUCUUAGCUCCCAAGUGAUCUUUGCGAUGUUCGUGGUGUUUGUUAUUGUGGACUUGAUGUUCAUGACAUGUGUGAUGUUUCGCUCUUCUUGA